CUUCCUCUCCCUCCAUCAGAGUAUUACGCGGUGGUCACCAUCCCCGCGGGGGCUCGUAGCGUGUCGGUGCAGGAGAUGGAGGUGUCCACCAGCUACCUGGCGGUGCGCAGCCUGAAGCGGAGGUACCACCUGACGGGCGACUGGACGGUGGACUGGCCCGGCGAGUUCCAGUUCGGGGGGACCACCUUCCACUAUCAGCGCUCUUUCAGCCUCCCGGAGAGCCUCCACGUCGGGCCCACUAAUGAGACCCUGGUCUUUGAAAUUCUGCUCCAGGGCCGGAACCCUGGGGUGAGCUGGGAGUACACCCUACCCCUCCCCGAGAGAAAGCCCGACUACACCUGGGGAGUGGUGCGCUCCGACUGCUCUGCUCCGUGUGCAGGAGGACGAGUCUCAACAAAAGCCAUCUGUCUGGAGGAGCAGCGAACGCAGGUCAACUCCACGCUGUGCAGCCCGCAGACCAGACCCACGCUCAGCUCACACCUCUGCAACACACAACCCUGCCCAGCCUACUGGACCACGGGCCAAUGGGGCGCCUGCAGUCGCACGUGCGGGGGCGGGCAGCAGACGAGGAGCAUCCGCUGCAUGAGGAAGGUGGCGUACCAGCGGGACGAGGUGGCACCGCACGCCCUGUGCCCCGUCAUGGCGCCCGCCCAGGUGCAGCCGUGCCACACCCACGCCUGCCCCCCGGAGUGGGGCACGGGAGCCUGGGCACAGUGUUCUAAGACGUGUGGGCGUGGCCUCCGUAAGCGCAGUGUGUUCUGCCGCAGCACGGAGCCGGGGGCGCGGGCGGUGGUGGUUCCGGACAGCAUGUGUAAGCAGCACCAGCAGCCCAAGGCCCAGGAGACCUGCGUGCUCGCCCGCUGCCCCAAGAACGAGCGUCUGCAGUGGGUCACCACCACCUGGAGCGAGUGCUCUGUGUCGUGCGGUACGGGGGUGCAUCGGCGGGAGCUGCGCUGCGGGGAGCGUGACCCCAGGGGGGGGUACGUGGAGUUCCCCAUCAGGAGGUGCAGGAACCUCCCCAAACCCCCCGCGGAGCUCCAGCAGCCCUGCAGCAGGGGACCGUGUCGACCGGGCCGAACAUCAAGCGCAGUGGUGCUGGGCUGGUACUCCUCACCCUGGCAACAGUGCUCUGUGUCGUGUGGGGGAGGGGUACAGACCCGCAGCACCCAGUGUCUGAGGCAGGGGCGCCCCGCAGCCGGCUGCCUGGCCCACCAGAGGCCUGUGAGCUCCAGGGCCUGCAACACCCACUUCUGCCCCGCUCCUGCCCCCCCCGCACCACCUCCACCCGCUCACUCACGGAAAGAAGAGAAGCCCUGCCUGGACUCGUUCGGAUGGUGCCACCUGGUUCCCCAGCACGGCGUCUGCAAUCACAAGUUCUACGGCGAGCAGUGUUGCAAGUCCUGCUCCAUGAAGAAACAAUGAAAGUGGAAAAAAAAAAAAAAACUGAGCAGCCGCCCCAACACAGACUCCAUUUCCCAUGAGCACCCCCAACACAGACUCCGAUCUUCAGACCCUUUCGAUUCAAAAUGGACACUAUGGACGAGCUCCAUGAGAGGUUUGCUCACUGGCUGACACAGGACAUGGAGGCAAUGCAGUCGUUGCCUUCCUGGAGUACUUGAUGAUGAGGAUGAUGAUGAUGAGGAUGAUGAUGAUGAGCAGAGUUGGUGACGGAGAAAAAGAAACGUUGCAGAGACAAUGCCACUGAGCAGAAGUGGAUGCUUGUCGUGUUUAAUUUUUUCCUUUGUGUUUUAUUUCCAGCAUUCACUUGUCAGUCUUUUUUGAGAGCUCUUGAGGACAUCUGUGUAUCCAAUCUGUUCUAUAUACACACACGCUUGUAUAUUUAAAUGUGCAACAGGACAUUUUUAAGUUAUUUUGUGUUUCCUGUGUGAUUGUGCAUGUCUUGAUGUACUGUAGCUUAUGCCUGGUACAUCUUGGGAAAUUAUUAUCAAACCAUUUCUUACCGGUAUAUCUCAAAAGACUUCUUAAAUUACCAUUUUUUGACAUCAAUUCCCAGAUGCACUAAUUCCCCCGUGGUUUACCUAAUGUUCUUCCUAUGAUGGUGAGGUAUUCCUCAAUGAUCCGUUUAUGUGUGUUUGUCAUGCUGUGUCAUUUGGUUUAAAGAAAGAAAUAAGUCCCCGGCCUUUGGUAUCGUUAACGCAACAGGACUAAACAAUAACAAAGAGGUUCCUGCUUCACCACAGCAAAUAGUCCUGGACCUUCAGUGAGGGCCUCAGUCUUA